AUGGGAAAUAAAGAUACCCGUAACGCAAACGCUUAUCAGAACUCUCAACGACCUUCUGUCUACAAUAAUAUGCGCAAACCCGCCGUCGUAGAAGAACUAGAUGUCGAUCCAAAUGAACCAAAAGAAAAAACAUCUAGAAUAAACGACAAUGAAAAAACAGCAGAAUUUUAUGAUACGUCUGAUCACAAUCAUAGACAACAUAAUAAAACUUCUCGUCAAUAUUAUCAUCGCCAAUCGAAUAGUAAUGAAAUAAAUCCAUCGCGUUUACAGUCCACAGCCAUCUCCCCUCUACCAACACCAACACCAGAAGACGAUGUUCAAUUGACACAAUAUCAACGACGACCAACGCAAUCCGAUUUUCGCUACUCUAAAUCUCAGCAAGGCGUCAGCACAACAUCAAAGCAAAAUCCAUCAGGGACUAGAUCUCCGGAUUCUAUCAAUGAUGAUCCAUCAACUUUGCAAGAAAAAUCUUCACAACAUUGGUCAUCUACCCAACGGGAAGCACAAUCAAAUUUCAUACCGCAUAAUACUCGGGGAGAUGAUGUAUCAGAUAUGGCAAUGACGACACAAAUAUCAACAGGACUCGAAACAUCGAAUGGUAAAAAAUGGUAUGACAAAGGCUAUGAGAAAAGGGUACAGCCUCUCAUUAUUGUAUUGCCCUAA